CUUCAGUCUAGGUGGCCCAGAGACUGUGCGGGCGCACCCCACCCACCCGGUCUCGGAUUGAUGAUCUCCCUUGGCUCCAAGGCGCAGAGCCACAGGACAGAAUGGCCAAAGCGGCAGCCUCCUCGCCACUGGAGGACUUGGACCUGAGCGGAGAGGAGGUCGAACGGCUCACCUCCGCCUUCCAAGACCCGGAGUUCCGGCGACUGUUCUCCAAGUACGCAGAGGAGCUCACGGACCCGGAGAAUCGGCGGGUGUACGAGGCGGAGAUCACGGCGCUGGAGCGUGAGCGCGGAGUGGAGGUGCGGUUCGUGCAUCCGGAGCCGGGCCACGUACUGCGCACCAGCCUGGACGGGGCGCGGCGCUGCUUCGUGAACGUGUGCAGCAACGCGCUGGUGGGCGCGCCGAGCAGCCGGCCCGGCUCCGGGGCGGACGGGGCUGCAGCGCCUGGCAGCCACUGGUCCCUGCCCUACAGCCUGGCGCCAGGCCGCGAGUACGCGGGGCGCGGCGGCACCCGCUACACGGUCUACGAUGUGGUCUUCCACCCCGACGCGCUUGCGCUGGCCCGGCGUCAUGAACGCUUCCGCCAGAUGCUGGACGCCACGGCCCUGGAGGCAGUGGAGAAGCAGUUCGGCGUGAAGCUGGACCGCAGGAAUGCCAAGACCCUGAAGGUCAAGUACAAGGGGACCCCGGAGGCCGCCGUGCUGCGCACGCCCCUGCCCGGGGGCGUCCCAGCCCGGCCCGAGGGGGAGCCGGAGAGCCCUCUCCCGGAUUUCCCCUACCCCUACGGGUACCCAGCACCCGCCGGGGACUCUGCAGUCCCCCGGGCCCAGGCGCCCCCACCUCCGGAGGCGCUCUUGCAGCCCGCCCCCACCGAGCCUCGCCACAGCGUGGUGCAGCGCCACCACGUGGACCUCCAGGAUUACCGCUGCUCCCGGGACUCUGCCCCAAGUCCCGUGCCCCACGAGCUGAUUGUCACCAUCGAACUGCCGCUGCUGCGCUCUGCCGAGCAAGCGGCGCUGGAGGUGACGGGAAAGCUGCUGUGCCUCGACUCAAGGAAACCCGACUACCGGCUGCGGCUCUCGCUCCCGUACCCGGUGGACGACAGCCGCGGCAAAGCGCAGUUCAACAAGGCUCGGCGGCAGCUGGUAGUCACGCUGCCGGUGGCGCUACCGGCCGCGCGCCAGGAGCCCACUACGGCCCCGGAAGAGCCCGCCGGUCGGCCCGGAACUGACGGCGCGGCCUGCGCUUCCGCCAGCGACGGGGAGGCGGGACCGGCGGGGGGUCGUUCCGGGGACAGCAGCCCGGAUCCCAGCCGAGCGGGGGCUUCAGACGCCGGGGUCACUACCCCGAGCACCCCCGAGCCGGCGCUGCUGCCGGCUGGUGCUGGAGAGCAGCUUGUCCCCGAGUCGGGGGAGCAGGACUUCGGCUCGCACGCGGUGUCUCGCGGUGGGGAGAGGCCGGCUUCUGGAGCAGAGAGUUUACCUGGUGGCACAGGCUCCCCUUUUACUUCAUCGCGGGGCCUGGACUUGGAGUCUUCUGUAGGAGAUCUUAGUGUGGAGACGCGCGUGGACCGGGAGGGCUCGGGCAGCGAGUCCUCUGACCCAGCCAUGUGUGGUCUCGGGACCGAGAGAGGGGAACCUUUGCGUCCUCCUUUGCUGUGUAAUCAGAAGACAGAAUCCUUGACUCUGCUAAUUCAAGUGCCUCGGAUCCAGCCGCAAAGUCUUCAAGGAGAUUUGAGCCCCCACUGGUACAAAUUGCGCUUCUCCACACAAGACUUAGUUUAUUCCUUCUUUUUGCAGUUUGCUCCAGAGAAUAAAUUGAGUACCAAAGAACCCGAGAUUAGCAUUUCUUCAAACAAUGCAGUGAUAGAACUGGCCAAAUCCCCAGAGAGCCAUGGACUUUGGAGAGAGUGGUAUUAUGGUUUAAACAGCGAUUCUUUGGAGGAAAGGUUGUUUGUCAACGAAGAAAAUGUUAAUGAGUUUCUUGAAGAGGUACUGAGCUCUCCAUUCAAACAGACUAUGUCCCUAAGUCCACCAUUAAUUGAAGUUCUUCAGGUUACUGAUAAUAAGAUUCAAAUUACUGCAAAGUUGCAAGAAUGUAGUAACUCUGAUCAGCUUCAAGGAAAGGAAGAAAGAGUCAGUGAAGGAAGUCAUCUAACUGAAAAAGAAAAUAUAGAACAUUUUACCACCUCUACAACUGAUUCUGAUUGUGGUUCAGUUGCAUGUUUUCAGCAAAAGUCUCUUGAUGAUUCUCAAAUGCUAUUUGGAAAAUCUCAGCAACCUGAAUCAAAAAUGGAACCUGAAUUUAUAAAAGAAAAAAGUGCUACUUAUGCAAAUAUGGAAAAAGAUAAUUUAAAAGAACCAGUAAUAAGUGAAGAGAAAGAAUUAGAUGGAGAUCACCUAUCUUCAUUACUGAACAAAACUACAGUUCACAACAUACCUGAUUUUGACAGCAUAAAAGAAACCAAUAUGGAAGAUGGUAGUGUACAGAUUAUCAAAGAUCAUGUGACUCAUUGUGCAUUCCGUUUUCAGAAUUCCUUGCUAUAUGAUUUGGAUUAAUUGUAUAGAAUAAUAAUUAUAUAGUAAAUAUAUAAAAUUAUAUAGAAUUAAUCAGAAAUUUGCAAUUUUGAUUCUAAUGGGGAAACUAGGGAUUUUUUUUCCCUCUAGAAUUUAAAGUUUCCUUAAUUAAGGAGAUAAGGUUUGUGAUUCUCCUGAUAGAUGUGUAUUUUUUCUAAUGGAGAGUUAAAUAUUUAAUUUUAAUACAAUCUGUAUAUAUUAACUUCUGUGUUAAUUUUUGCUUCCUUUGUUUACUAUUACUUUAAUAAAGUUUCAAAAUAAUUAUUCACUAAGUUGCAUUUGUCACACAAAGUAAUUCUCAGGAAUUCAAGUAACAGGAAAUAGGAGUGUGUAUGUUCGGGGGGAGGGUAAAAUCUUGAAACUUUUAAGUCUCACUAACUAGGAUGUAUUGAUGCUUAAAAUAGAGCUUAGAGAGGAAAGAACUUUACUAACCAGUAUUAGCAAUCUAAACAAUUACAAUACAGAUACACCAAAUAAAACUUAGUAUUUUUGUAUCAACUCUACUAAUUUACUCUUCUGUCAUGCCAACUAUAUAUAUAAUAAAGGUUAAAUUAUUUCAUAAUGACUUAGACAAUUCAAUCUUUAAAAAUAAUUUCUUAUAAGUUACUAUUGGAAUAUUAAAACAUCUUGGUAUUACAGAAUACAUUUAAGAAUUUUAAAGCAGGAAUUUUAAAAAUAUGGCAAUGUGCUCUGAUACGAAACUUGUCUUCAUUAUAUUAUUACAUGAAAACAAAAGCCAGUGUUUAAUAAUCAAUUCCUUCUUAAAAAUUUUUUUUAAAGAGAUGGGGACUUGCUAUACUGCCCAGGCUGGAUUCAAACUCCUGGAUUCAAGUGAUCCUACCACUUCAGCUUCCUAAAUAAUCAUUUUCUUUUAUAACACCUCAAAUGUGAGGCAAAGAGAAAGUCCUAACAGGUUUUUUUUCCUCACAAAAAUUCUUACUUAGGACAACAUGAAAGAAAAUGUAGAAAGGAAAAUAUUUGUUGAUCUAAUCACCAACUCCAAGGCCAUGCAUAGCUGAUUUAUUUUCAUUCCAAAAAAUAGCUACUAAUUCAGACUCUGACCUUCUUAGCUCAGUCCUGGAAACCACCUCAUUUCUUUAGUCCUUUGAACUGGCGAUGUCAGGUCCAGGUCAGAGUACCAAAAACUGGUACAAAGCCUGCUGGUUCAUUUUGAUUUACAUUUGUAACUCUCAGAUAAAAUCUGGCACCAGAUUGGGCUGUGAGGGUAGAAUAAAGGUAGCUCAUAAAGCAAGAGAACUAUUUGCCUCACCUUAGAUGAGCAUAUGUGCUUUUCCACCACUAUGAAUCUUAAAUUGAUGCAAUAACUUUGACAGUAUACAUAUAAUUUGUUGUUAUUUAAAUCUUUGAUUUAAAUAAAUGACUAAUUGUAGGAUCUUUACACAGAAAUUAGUUUUUUAUAAGUAAUUUUUGGUUGAAUGCAAUUAUAUGUUAAGGAAAAUUUGUAUAAACUACAUUAAACAUUGAGUAAAUUUUAAACUUGUUUCGUAUUAUUAACUGUAUCCAUUUGAGAAGUAUGAUUUCAGUUAAAGCUGGCACUAGAAAGUGUUUCACUUUGGCAUGACUUAACUUUGUAUCAUUUCUGGCUUUCAACAACAAUUUAGGCUGUAUUUCCCUUACACAGCAGCUUUUUAUUGUUCAUUAUCUAUGCCUGGCUAAUUUGAAAGCCAAACAGUUUUUUCCAAAAGGAAUGCAUUGUCAUGAGCUAGGUUUUAUUUCAAACUCAAUUACACAAUAUUUAGAUGGCAAACAUUAAGAUGUUAACUUUCAAAACUUUGAGAAUGCCUUUACUAAAUUUUGGUGUAAAGAGUAAACAAAACUUACUCUGCAAAAGGAUUAAGAAACUCUUUAUGCAAAAAUGAGUAUUUUAUUUUGGCAGCACUAAAAGAAAAAAAAAAAAACCAAAACCACUGUAUUUCUACAUUGAGGUGAAAAUGUUUAAACUUUCUUACCAAUCAAAUACAUUCCAAAAGAAAGUGUGUUCUAUGAAGGUUCCAAAGCACAGGCAAAUCUUAGCACAACAGUACAAGAAUCUGUAAUACUGAAAAUGACUGUUCUGACAGGAUGUUUAACAAACAUAAUUUUUGAAUUAUUAAACCAGUGAAGCAUUUCGUUCCUAAUAACUGUAUCAAGAGUGAAACUGGGCUUAUUCCAUUAAUACUCUAACAAUUUCACUGUAAUACUUUUUACUGCUAUGACAAUUUUAAAUAAAUUUUGCUGUACUUAAAAUAAGUUUUGAAAGUGGAAAAGUGUACAAAGUUUCAGAUAAAAAGAUUAAUAGAUGCAAUUUAAAUAAAA